UCUGCCCUUUUUGCAAGAUUCCCAGAUUAAAGAAGCUAACUGAUCAAGAAACUGAGUCCCAGAAGAGGAAGGAGCAAGAAAAAGAGAAGAAGAUCAAGGCCCUGAAAGAGGAGCUGACCAAGCUGAAGUCCUUUGCUUUGAUGGUGGUGGAUGAACAACAAAGGCUCACAGCUCAGCUUGCCCUUCAGAGACAGAAAACCCAAGAUCUGACCACACGUGCAAAGGAAACACAUGGUAAACUAGCCCUUGCUGAAGCCAGAGCUCAGCAAGAAGAGCAGAAGGCAACCAGACUAGAAAAAGAACUUCAGACACAGACCACACUGUUCCACCAGAACCAAGACACAAUUAUGGCGAAGCUCACCAAUGAGGACAGUCAAAAUCGUCAGCUCCGGCAAAAGCUGGCAGCACUCAGCCGGCAAAUUGAUGAGUUAGAGGAGACCAACAGGUCUUUAAGAAAAGCCGAAGAGGAGCUGCAAGAUAUUAAGGAAAAAAUCAACAAGGGAGAAUGUGGAAACACUGGCAUCAUGGCUGAAGUGGAUGAGCUCAGGAAGCGUGUGCUGGAUAUGGAGGGGAAAGAUGAGGAGCUCAUCAAAAUGGAGGAGCAGUGCAGAGAUCUCAACAAGAGGCUUGAGAAAGAGACAGCACAGAGUAAAGACUUCAAACUAGAAGUUGAGAAACUCAGUAAAAGGAUUACGGCUCUGGAAAAACUAGAAGAUGCUUUAGAUAAAAGCAAACAAGAGUGCUACUCUCUGAAAUGCAGUUUAGACAAAGAAAAGAUGACAACAAAGCAGUUGGCCGAAGAACUGGAGAGUUUAAACACCAGGAUCAAAGAGCUAGAAGCCAUUGAAAGUCGGCUAGAAAAGACAGAAUUCACCCUAAAGGAUGACUUAACAAAACUGAAAACAUUAACUGUAAUGCUUGUAGAUGAACGCAAAACAAUGAGUGAAAAAUUAAAGCAAACUGAAGAUAAGUUACAAACCACUGCCUCUCAGCUCCAGGCAGAGCAAAAUAAAGUGACGACAGUGACUGAGAAGUUAAUUGAGGAAACUAAAAGGGCACUCAAGUCCAAAACUGAUGCAGAAGAGAAGAUGUACACUGUAACCAAGGAGAGAGAUGAUCUCAGAAACAAACUCAAAGCAGAAGAGGAGAAAGGACAUGAUCUAUUGUCAAAAAUGAAUAUACUGAAAAACAGGCUUCAAUCACUGGAAGCAAUUGAGAAAGAUUUUGUAAAAAACAAAUUAAAUCAAGACUCCAGUAAGUCCACAACAGCAUUACACCAAGAAAACAAUAAGAUUAAAGAGCUUUCUCAAGAAGUGGAAAAGUUGAAGCUGAAGCUAAAGGAUAUGAAAGCCAUUGAAGAUGACCUCAUGAAAACAGAGGAUGAGUACGAGACCUUAGAACGGAGGUAUGCGAAUGAGAGAGACAAGGCUCAAUUUCUGUCUGAAGAGCUGGAACAUGUUAAAAUGGAACUUGCCAAGUACAAGUUAGCAGAAAAGACAGAGUCCAGCCAUGAGCAAUGGCUUUUCAAGAGGCUUCAAGAAGAAGAAGCGAAGUCAGGUCACCUGUCAAGAGAAGUGGAUGCAUUAAAAGAGAAAAUUCAUGAGUACAUGGCAACAGAGGACCUAAUAUGUCACCUCCAGGGAGACCACUCAAUUCUGCAAAAGAAACUAAACCAACAAGAAAACAGAAACAGAGAUUUAGGAAGAGAGAUUGAAAACCUCACUAAAGAGCUAGAGAGGUAUCGGCAUUUUAAUAAGAGCCUCCGACCUAGUCUCAAUGGAAGAAGAAUCUCUGACCCUCAAGUAUUUUCUAAAGAGGUUCAAACAGAAGUAGCAGACAAUGAGCCACCAGACUACAAGAGCCUCAUUCCUCUGGAACGAGCAGUCAUCAAUGGUCAGUUGUAUGAGGAGAGUGAGGACCAAGACGAGGACCCUAAUGAGGAAUCUGUGCUGUCCUUCAAAUGCAAUCCAUCUACUUCCCUUCCUAUGAACAGGAAACUAUGGAUUCCUUGGAUGAAAUCCAAGGAGGGCCACCCUCAGAAUGGAAAAAUACAAACUAAGUCCAAUGGCAACUUUGUGCAACCUGGAGAUCUAGUCCUAAGUCACACACCUGGGCAGCCCCUUCACAUAAAGGUUACUCCAGACCAUGCCCAAAAUACAGCCACUCUUGAAAUCACAAGCCCAACCACAGAGAGUCCUCACUCAUACACCAGCACAGCAGUGAUACCAAACUGUGGUACCCCAAAGCAAAGGAUUACCAUUCUCCAAAAUGCCUCCAUAACACCAGUAAAGUCCAAAACCUCUACAGAAAGCCUUUCGAACUUAGAGCAAAGUAUGCCUCCUGUUACCAUGGCAACCUUUGCCAGAGCACAGACCCCAGAGUCCUGUGGUUCUGUAACUCCAGAACGGACAAUGUCACCUAUUCAGGUUUUGGCUAUGGCUGGUUCAGCUAGUUCUCCUGAGCAGGGUCGCUCCCCAGAGCCGAUAGAAAUCAGUGCCAAGCAUGCAAUUUUCAGAGUCUCCCCGGACCGGCAGUCAUCAUGGCAGUUUCAACGUUCAAACAGUAACAGUUCAAGUGUGAUAACUACUGAGGAUAAUAAAAUCCACAUUCACUUAGGAAGUCCUUACAUGCAAGCUGUCGCCAGCCCCGUGAGACCUGCCAGCCCUUCAGCACCACUGCAGGAUAACAGAACUCAAGGCUUAACUAAUGGGGCACUAAACAAAACAACCAAUAAAGUCACCAGCAGUAUUACUAUUACACCAACAGCCACACCUCUUCCUCGACAAUCACAAAUUACAGUAAGUAAUAUAUAUAACUGACCACUCUCACCCUCAUCUAGUUCAUACUGAUACUCUUGCAAGGAACUCAGUCCUUUUUUUAAUCAUCCCUCCAAACCCCUAAAAGAAUGACUAAACAUGUACUUUGGGAAGAUGUGCAUGGACUAUCCAAGAGUAUCUGGAACUAACAAUGUGUUGCCUGCAGAGUCAUCGAGUGUGCACUUACUGUGUAUCUUUUCAUUUACAUGCCUGUAUGGAAAAUAUUUAGUCUGCACUUGUAUAAAUACAUCUUUAUGUAUUUCAUUUUCCAUAACUCACUUUAAUUUGACUGCAACUUGUCUUGGUGAAUUACUUAACAUGAUAAAACAGUAAAUAGUUUGUUACUUUUGCCAUUGCU